GAGACGUUUGUUUUGGUUAGACUUUGAUAUCAAGCAGCGAGCUGUUUGUUUUGGUUAGACUUUGAUAUCAAGCGGCGAGCUGUUUGUUUUGGUUAGACUUUGAUAUCAAGCGGCGAGCCGGCUGUUACUAUGAAGCUGUCUCUGCUAGCCCUCACACUAACGGUACUGGGUACACAGUUUUCAGGAUCCUUGACUCUACAUACACUAGACGAAUACUGCGCCAGAAAGCUGCCUGAUAACGAGCGAGUCAUCCCGAAAUUAAGUGUUUACCAGGUUAUCAAGUUCUGCAGUGACCCCAACGGCUACACUGAAUGUCUACUGGCGAGACGAAGCCAAACCCAACAGGACGAGACGUCAGCCGUUAAGCUCUUCGAAAAACAAUUUCCUAACCCGUAUGACCUGGAGAGUGCGGCCUACCUCUUUUGUACACAGGGGACGUUUCCGUUGAUCGAGUUCCUAAGAGAGGACUUCAAGCUCAGGUCUGACUGUGAAAAGGCCGCUGACACUCGGCAGUGUGAGAUCGACGCCACCUCAGCCGACAGACUUAAAGACCUGGAAGCAGCUUUUGCUGCCAACAAUCAGGCCGACAUUGAGAAACAUUCCUGCAAGCUGUCACUAGACUACAUGAAGUGCAUCCAGGCCCAGUACACCAAAUGUAACCCAAAAUACGACACGUUUUUCCUCUACAAGUUGGCUCGUCUUGGGCCGGCCUGUCUAUCGGAGCACAAUUUCCUCAACAAGCUAGUGACCACAGACCAGUGCAAGAGGCAGUACUCAACCAACGGGGGCGGAUCCUUUAGAACAGGGGUGUGGUCUUUCAGGACAUGGGCGUGGCUGGUGUUUGCAGCAGGCGUUCGGAGUGUUUACAAACAUAUCUAAACUUUGGCCACUUAAUUUUCGGCUAGCAUUGUAUGAAAUCUGGCCACUUUAUUUUUCGGCCAGAAGCUUCUUCAUGUCUUUUUU